AUGGCUCAAGACUUUGACUUCAAGCAAGCAGGCGUUUCCAUAAUUCAACCAAUAACUCAAGUAUUAGUGGACGCAGGCAAUGUAAUUCCCAUUAUAAGUAUUAUAACUUCUACGUUCCGUGAAAUAAUAGAUUUAGCCGAGAAGGCCGGGCAUAACAAGAAAGUCUGUAGAAGGUUGGCGGAACGCAUACGAGUGGCAAACCAAACUGUGACGCAAAUGAACCCGGAGGAAAAUGAUUUGGCUUUGCGAGCAUAUGUUAAAGCGUUACAGAAUGCAAAAGAAUUCAUUGUAAAGAUUAGCAAAUCUAGUACUUUUAUGAAAUUAAUUACAGCUCACGAGAUUGAAAACGAUUACAGAGAUGUCACAGACGAAUUCGAUGGUGCUAUUGCACAAUUGGGUCUUUCUCAAUGCUUACGAACGCGUCACGACAUCGAGGAGGACCGAAAGUUAUUCCUUUCUGAAAUCAAAACAUCCUUAUAUGUUAUCGAAGAAGUUAUGAAGGAUCUGUGGGAAAAUGAAAUGGACGCGAGACAAAAGAUCUCUGUGUUUGAAAAAAAAUUGGAGGAUAUUCGGGAAGCUGUUGUUAAUGUACAUAAGGAAGGUGAAAUGUCACCGAAUCUACAAAAGUCAAAAAUUCCCAGUGCUCAAAUCACCGAUUGCGACGACGACUCGGACGAAGUAAGACGAGGAGGGGGGCAGAUAGUGAAAAAAAUGUUUAUCGCUCAAACUGUUGCUCAGAAAGAAAUCGGUCACAUAGAAUCAUUACCUCGAUCCCUGAAUGUCAUCGAGAAACAAGUGGCUAUUUUGACGGAAUUAAAAAACUGUCAAAAUAUAAUAACAUUCUACGGUACCAUGCAACGUUCCGGUAAACUGUACAUCAUCUCAGAAUGGGCCGAAGUCGGUGAUCUUCAUCAAUACCUAAAGAAUAACAGAAACUUAGAUUGGGAAUUCAAAUAUAAGAUUGCCUCCGAGAUAGCAGGUGGAUUGGCUUUCUGCCAUGUUUAUGAUAUUUUACACCAUGACAUAAGAAGUCAUAACAUUUUGUUGACUGAGAACAUGACUGCCAAACUUAGCAACUUUACCUCUGCUCGUAAGGAAACCGAUGAUACCACCCAAGUCAAGGAUAUCACAUUUAGAUACAGGUGGCUAGCUCCAGAAAAACUUGCAAAUUAUGGGGGCAAUGAAUAUACCAAGCAAUGUGAUAUUUACAGUUUUGGUAUAGUACUUUGGGAACUUGCUUCACAAGAAGUGCCAUUCGCUAAUAUAACAGCCACCAGUGACCUGAUUAAUAGGAUUACUGUUUUACACGAACGUCCUCCGCUCAUACCGGGCACACAUGCAGCGUACCAAAAAAUGAUGGAGCAAGCGUGGCACCAACGACCGAUAAAACGUCCGACCGCUGAUAACAUCUUCAAAGAAUUAAAGAAUCUGAGACCAACUGGCCACAAAACAUAUGGGACAGAAAGUAUUAGUCGUUAUGCCUCCCUUUCGUCUACCUCAAGUUCUCGUUCAAAUGAUUCUAGGAGUUCGCACUCGUCUAUGCCCUCCACUUCGACCAUCUAUUCCAGUUAUACAGGAAGUGAAUUGUUAAAUCCCAAUGAAGACAAUUAUCCAAGUAUCAUUAAUAACGAACAGUCAAUAGAUUAUGUCGCCGAUUCUAGUCAAGUUAUGCUUCAAAUUCUACGUCCUAUUCCACAAGGUUUCCCUGGUGUACGUGAAGCCAAGGACUUACACAGUUCGAAAAGAUAUGAGGAAGCAUGGCCAAUUUUUAAACUUCAUGCUGAUCACGGAGAUGCGGUCGCAGAAUUUUAUGUUGGAUACUAUCUGAUUGCCGGUGAUCGCGGCGUUCCACAGAAUAAAGAGAUGGCUAUAGAAUACUUUCGUCGAUCGGCCGAGAAGAAUAUUCCAGACGCCCAAUUUCGAUACGGUGUAGCAUUGCUUAACGGUGAAGGUGUUACCAAAAGUGCUGCAAACGAUAAGAUUGCUAUUGAAAAUUUGGAAAAGGCUGCAAAGCAAGGAAAUCCUAAUGCAAUGUUUAAUUAUGGUGAUUUACUGAUUAAUGGCGCUCACGGUGUGACACAAGAUUUGGAGCAAGGUGCAUUAUGGAUGAAAAAGGCACAUCUAAGAGGCCAUCCACAUGCAUAUAAGAAAUUAAUUAAUAGAUAUCAGGCCUUAAAUAUUCCAAUUCCUGAUGAAAUAAGAGAAGGAAUAAGGAAUGGUGAAAAAUAUUAG